AUGACUGUGGCUUCAAGCGCCGCUGCUUCAUCUCAUAAUCCGACUCACAACCUUUGGUCUCGUGAUGCGACUACUACAUCAAAAGCCAAAUCAUCAAACUCAGCUGGUGCCGGUGCUGGAGCUGGUAGUUUACAAACUGGAAAUUUUCCUCCAAUCGUUCAAUCUAUGGCUCCUUCAACAAUGACAGCUUUACCGGCUACUUUCACACCUGGUAGCGCUUCGCCCGUUCCUGGAGCUCCAGCCCUUCCAUCAACUAUCCUUAACAUCGCUAGUUAUCCUCCACUCGAUUUGAUUCCUUCCGUCAAUUCACCAGAAGUCAAGGAAUGGCUCAGUCAGAUCGAUAUGACCAAAAUUCCAUCAUCAGCACCAACUGGACUGAACGGCUGUAGUAACACAUCUAAUGCGGCUGCUGUCAAAUCAGCAGGAGCUGGUGGGAAUUGUUGGUGGACUUGUGGUGGUUGUUCGCGUGAUACGGAUAUCACUGUCUGCCCCAACAAAGCUACAUGGGGUGCUAGUUUUGAUGACGGACCUUCACCUGAUACACCUAUCUUACUUGAUUAUCUUGCUAAACAUAAUCUUACUACAACCUUCUUCGUUGUCGGAUCACGUGUUCUCAGUCGUCCUGCCAUGUUACAAUAUGAAUACGAAGCUGGAAAUCAAAUCUCUGUUCACACUUGGUCUCAUCCUGCCCUCACUACCUUGACCAAUGAGCAAAUUGUUGCAGAGCUAGGGUGGUCUAAAAAGGUCAUCAAGGACACUAUUGGCGUCACCCCCAACACGAUGAGACCUCCUUACGGUGAUAUUGAUGACCGAGUUCGUUACAUCGCUAUGGCUAUGGGCCUUACACCUAUCAUUUGGACUACAUCCCCAGCUGGAAAGACCUUUGACACUCAAGAUUGGAAGAUCUCCACUGGUAUCGUAACACCAGCUCAAGUUCUCAAGAACUUCCAAGAUAUCAUUGCAUCGGCUUCUUCGCUCACCAGUGGUUUCAUUGUUCUUGCCCAUGAUUUGUAUCCUCAAAGUGUUGCAUUAGCAGUAGAAUACGUUCUACCGCAAGCUUUAGCAGCUGGAAACUUGACAGUAGAACCAAUCAUCACUUGUCUUGGUCAACCACUUUCAGAAGGUUAUGCAGAAACAGCUACCACCAAUGUAUCAACCGGACCAUUCUCAACUAAUUCAUCUACAGCUAGUCCUAAAGUGUUUAGAAACGGUACUGAUGCAUCUGGUUUCUCUGGAAAUGUUAAUAAACCUUCUUCCUCAUCUAUUCUUUCUGUUAAACCUUUGAUGUAUGGUUUAUCUACAUCUUUGAUGAUCUUAUUUAUUACUUUGUUGUAA